AUGAGUGCCGGAAACUCUUUGCUGCCCCGGGCAGCUUACCAGCUCACCCCGGAACAGCAGGCCGCCAAGGAUGCCGCCGAGGCCGUCAACGCGAAGCUCUCCGACUAUCUCAUGAUCGUCUGCGGUGCAGUCUCCGUCGCCGUCAUCAUCUGGAAGGUCUGCGAACGUAUCAUCAAGCUCACCCGACAUGUUUCCUGCCUGCACAACGAUAAGCAGCGCUACUUUGCCAUUCCUUCACCCAACGUUUCCGCUCUCAAGCGCCACCUGCUCUACGCUCCCGUCGUUAGCAAGAGACACAACCGCGAGAUCCAACUCAGCCGCGCUAUCAACGUCGGUACUCUGCCUACUCGUUUCCAGCUUCUCUUUCUCAUCGCCUACUUCGCCUCCAAUGUCGCCUGGUGUGUCGUCGAUAUCCCUUUCGAUGGUGAAAUGUCGGCGGUUGCAGGUGUUAUCCGCAACCGAACUGGUGUUCUUUCCACUGUCAACAUGGUCCCUCUUUUCCUGCUAGCUGGACGAAACAACCCUCUCAUCCCGCUCUUGAACAUCUCGUUUGACACUUACAACUUGAUUCACCGCUGGUUCGGCCGUAUUGUCAUUCUUGAGGCCGUUGCACACACUCUUGCCUACUAUGCCGGAUCAGGCUGGACGUUCACCGUUCCCUCAGGUGCCUUUAUCCUCCCUGGAUUCAUCGCCACCUGCGCCUUCGUUUUCCUCGGUAUCCAGGCCUCGAGCCCGCUUCGACACGCCUUCUAUGAGACUUUCAAGCUUCUCCACAUUCUCGUCGCUGUCACCGCCGUUGUUGGCCUGUACUACCACCUUGUGGCCAAGGAAUCUCUUUACCGAUGGCUCUGCUACCUGUAUUCCGCUAUCGCCCUUUGGAGUUUCGACCGAACCUGGCGUCUGUGGCGUAUCAUUCGCUCUCACGUUGGUGGCUCACGUUCUAGGACCGUUAUCGAAGCACUUCCUGGAAACGCUGUUCGCUUGACCACGACUCUAGCCCGCCCCUGGAAUGCCAAGCCUGGACAACACGCCUACCUCUACAUCCCAUCGAUCAGCUUGUGGCAGUCCCACCCUUUCUCGGUUGCCUGGUAUGACGGUGUUGAUGACCCUAAGAAUGAGAGGCUGGCGAGCACGAACCAGGAUCUGCUGGCGAUGCAGCAGCAGCGAGUGUCCUUCAUCAUCCGUGCCAGGACCGGAAUGACCAACACUCUGUACCAGAAGGCUCUCGUCGCCCCCGGUGGAAGAUUGGAGACUACCUGCUUCGCCGAAGGCCCCUACGGCGGCCACCACUCGUUCGACUCUUACGGUACCGUUGUUCUCUUCGCUGGUGGAGUGGGCGUCACCCACCCUGUUCCCUACAUCAAGCACCUGGUCAAUGGAUAUAACGAGGGCACUGUGGCGACUCGAAGAAUCUUGCUCGUCUGGACAAUCCAGAGCCCUGAGCACCUCGAGUGGAUCCGCCCCUGGAUGACUGAGAUUCUGGGCAUGGAAAAGAGAAGGGAUAUCCUCCGAAUCAUGCUCUUCGUCAGCCAGCCACGAUCUACCAAGGAAAUUCACAGCCCUUCGUCGACUGUGCAGAUGUUCCCGGGACGACCAAACAUCAACACGCUGCUGGCUAUGGAGCAGGAGCAUCAAGUUGGUGCCAUGGUUGUCACCGUUUGUGGUCCCGGUGCUCUGAGCGACGAGGUCCGCCUUGCCGUGCGGAACCGCCAGGACCGAUCCAGCAUCGACUUUAUCGAGGAAGCGUUUACGUGGUAA